GUCCAACCAUAGUUAAUCUAUUUGGCUAAUUCUUAUGAAACAAUGCUGUUGUUAGGAACUUUCACAGUAUGUUAAUUUAGUGUUCAAAUAAAUUUAUGAUAAAGGUGCUACAUAGUUGUUGUUACUUGUAAAAGUAUCACUUAUUACUUCGAAGGUCACUGCUAAAAAUCACAAAUACAAUGGACUCCUCACUCGAAAAUAAUUCAUCAUUAAUAAUCACAGACUUAUCAGAUCAAAGCAUUAGCUAUGAAAGAAAUAUGAUUACUGAAGAAAGCAUUAUUAAAGAAGAUAUACCAAUGAAAGACUUGACUGAAACAAUUGAGGUGAAAAUGCCAAAAAAGCCGAGACGGAGAAUUUCCUUCAAAAGUUGCUACAUGCCAUUGUGUAAGAAUAAUACGGAUAUUGCCCAAACUAAAAUCUUCUUUCAAGUACCAGGAAAGAAUAGAGAUGAAUGGAUAAAAGCUGCGGGGAUUGUAAGGAAGCUGCCAGCAGGGUUUUUGUAUAUUUGUGAAGAUCAUUUAAAUUUGCAAGAAGAUCUUGAAAACUAUGAUGCAUGGAAAAGUAACAAAAGCAAGCCUCAGUUAAAAACAACAGUUCCUAAAUUUAUUAAGUCUCUGCAGUUAGAGGUUACGUCUGUAUAUGUCAAAGAACCUGGUGCACCAAAGAAUGACCCACAAGCUAAUAAAAAACCAAAAGUUGUGCCUACAAAUAAUAACAGCCAAGAAAUUGACAAGCAAAUGAUGGGAAACCUUGAACCUGAAAUUAUUCUAAAUGAAAACUGGGCAAAGGAAGUUGAAAAGAGACCAAAUAUUGAUCAAACAACUUCAGAAAUGAUUGAAAAUGCGAAUGUCAUAAUAAUACAACAGGAAACUAUUGAAAAUGUAGACAUCAACACAGAAAACUCGCUUCUCAAUCAAGGAGUUUUAGUAUGUAAUGAAAGAAAUGUAAUUCAAGUGCCUCACAAUUCUACAAUUAUUCUACCACUACAAGAAGAUAAUUAUAACAUAGAUAUAUCUGUAGAAGACGAAUCUGGGAAAGAUCUAACAGGCAGAACAUUCUUACUGACAAAUAUAGAAAUAAACCCCAUUUUUUACUUAGGAGUACCAGAACAUGCCUACUGGAUAAUCGAACACAUAUCAAAUAAUCAACCACACAUACAACUUAGUGUGAUAAUAACCUUAUUUAAAAUUAAAACUGAUGAUGCAUUUAUUAGAUUAAGUGAUGAAUUCCAAGUUUCAUAUGACACACUUAGACAGAUGUACAGUAAAACUGUUAAUGUAUUAGCAAAUUAUUUCAUGCCAUUGAUAUGCUGGCCUUUGGAACCUGUAAAGAACCCAGCACCGCCAAUAAGGUUUUUGAAUGACAAUAAGGAAUUUGUAAACAUACAAUGUAUAUUAGACUGCUUUGAAAUUGAAAUUGAUAAACCACUGGAUCCAAAAAGAGUAAUACCUAUUUGGUCAACAGAAAGAAAUUGUCCUACAAUGAAAUAUUUGAUAGCAGCUACACCAGAUGGAAUGAUAGGUUUUGUGUCUAAGGGAUAUCGAGGUGGUAUGUCUGAUGCACAUAUGUUAACGACAAGUGGGUUUUUGGAUGUUGUCCCAAAGAAUUGUACGGUAAUUACAAAUAGAAGUUUUAAAGGAUUAGGGAAAGCGUUGAAUGAUAAAGCAGUGACAUUAAUAUGUCUGCCACCAGAAAACCAUCAGUAUCCGCCGCCUCCUGUCUCAAAGGGUAUGCAGUCCUUGGCUAAUCUAAGAGCACCUGUAGAAAGAAUUAUAAGAAAAAUCAAAGAGUUCAAGCACCUUGCACCACAUUCUGUGGUAAAUGAAUAUUUCUCAGGUUUCUUAGACAAAGCUGUUAUAAUAGCUUGUGGUUUAAUAAACCUGCAAUCGUUUCAAGUGAGUGAAAGUUUCAAAAAAUCAAAAACUGUUUCUCAUAAACAGAUUAUGUGAUACCGACUUAUAUUUUUAUUUUUGCAAAUAAUUUUUAUACUAUUAUGAGUAAUAUUUUAAGUUUCACAACUAUUAGUUAUGCAUUGUAAAACAUAGUUGUUUUUAGGUAUUAAAAAUAAGAUGAAAUUUAUUAAAUAAUUGUAAU